ACAUUUCCAUAUUGUCACCAUCCGUCAAACUAAUUCCAGAAUCCAACGCGACUGUUCCAUGCUCCUGUUGAGCCUUGGAUGCAUGCAUGGUGUUCGUCUCUGAAUGAAACCCUGGCUCCAAAUGUAUUUCAUGAACAGUCAGAAUUACGUUCAGAAGCCGUCGAAGUUCUUCCAUGCGGCCCCUGCAAUCGGCGAGCGUCAGCUCAUAUGUAUGAGCGCAGGGCUACAAAAGCGGCCUCUCAGGAUGGUUCACGGUAAGCAAACAACUUACGUCUACUACUCCCAUUCAACUUACAGUAUACGACAUGUCUGUCCACGUCAAUGAAACUCCCACUUGGGGUGUCACCACGAGUGGUCAACCCUUCAAUGAUCUCAACACUAUCGGAACGUCGAACGUCAACAAGAUCUCCAAGAUUGUCAUCGGUCAUGGUCAGGUCAUCGACAGCAUUACCCUUACCUAUGAUCGCAACGAUGGGUCUGCUCCGCUCGUCCAGUCCCACGGAGGUACUGGUGGAAAUAUAACGACCAUCGAGCUUAGCAGCGAUGAGUUCCUCACUGGAGUUACCGUCUCCAGCUCGGAUUCGUCAACAGAGCCACAGGCGAAAUGCGUCUCGCAGGUCCAUUUUCCCCUGGUUCUGGGACUCCAUUCAUCGCCAUUGACACGGUGGUCGCUAUUGCUGGAAACGUCUCCACGAUUGGCACUCAAUACAUACAGGCGCUGUCCUUCUUCACCACUCGCACCCCCGUUAUCUAACGGGUCUAGUCUAAAGUUUCUCGAGCCCGCGGGCAUGUCCUAUCAGUGGUUGAUACUGCUGCUCGAUCUGGUUCAAGUAUGGUUGGGUGGCAUGAAUGUGAAUGAUCUUUGUAACAAUAGUACCGAACGAAGUGUUGUUCUUGAACAGUUGCUGUCAUGAUGCGUUGCG